CACCCUCACCAUUAGACCUGCAUACAACCCUCCAACCUGCGCAAAAUUCGACACACAUCGUCACUUCCAUCCUCACCCGGCGUUUCGCGAUGACGACCGCAUCGUCCGGUCCCUCGCUCACCGCGCCGACCUCGACCUUGACGAUCCGCGAAAAGCUACUCUUCUCGCAAGCCGUCCACAAAGUCGGAGCAGGCGAGUCGAGAUGGACUCAAGUCGGGGAUCUGCUCAGGGCAUGCCCGGUGGUCGAUCGUCCGGAGGACUACUGGUCAGACGUCGCUUGUCGAGGAAUCUAUGACGCGCUCAUGGAAGAGACCGGGUUUGACAAGCUGCUCGUACCGGCUCAACAGUCUCAACCACACGCCGAAGCACACCUCUACCUCGCUCAACACUACUAUGAACUCAGGAUGCAAGAGAUCCGAGCAGAGAUCGAGGACAAGGAGGAAAAGUUUCGGUGCGUCUCGCACCUUUUCACCGACCACGAUGCUGUUAGCAGGGCUCGAAAGCUUACCCCUAUUCCAUCCCUUCUUCCCUCUUGUUCUGUAUACUGCGAUUUCUUGACUUCUAAUACUUGAUAUGUCGUCGAUAUAUACGACGCCUUGUACGUACUUGCAUUGCACCCUGACGACGCUUCCCGCCUCCCCUUCCGGCCGUGCCGCACACUCGGUGC